CCGCAGCGCCGUCGACAUGAGGGGCGUCCGGCCCCGCAGCCCCAGCGCCUGCCCUGAGCCCGCGGGGCCCCCGCAGCCCGGAGCAGCCGGCCCUGCCAAGCGCCGCCGAGUGCAGGAGCCCGCGGCCGCCGAGCCCGGGCCCCAGCCCGGCCUCCCGGCCCCGCCCGCGGCCCCGCCCGCCUCGGCGCUCCCCUCCGUCGUGGUCGUGGUCCUGGCCGCCGGCUGCGCCCUGCAGCUGCCGCUGGACGACGUCGACCUGCUGCUGGAGCCCGCGCCCACGGCGGUCCUCAGCGUGUCUCUGCCCGGCCACACGCUGCUGCUGGUCCCCGAGGGCCUCCUGGAGGCCGCCGGCCAGGGCCCCUCGCCGGGCGGCCUGGCGCUGGCCGCUGUCCUGGACGCCGCGGCCGAGGCCGUCGUGGUACAGCAGCAGCAGCAGCAGCAGCAGCAGCAGCAGCAGCAGCAGCAGCAGCAGCAGCAUCCAAGGGCCCCCGGGAGCCCCCGGGGGCGCCCGCAGCGCCCUCCUCCGCCCCGCCUGCAAGGCCCGGAGACGCCUGUUCCCAGGAAUGAAGGAGCUGCCUCUGCACCCCGUCGCCACGCAGCUGACGCCCAGGAUCCUGAGUAUAUGUUGUACAUUGUUGCUAAUGUAUAG